UGUAGCUUGAGGUAAUAAAUCUCAAACAAUAAAUAAAUACAAAAGAAUGCUUCGCUGGGGAGGAUAGUGUAUUGGACCAGGGAACAUGAGAGGCACACGGAGGCGGAGUUUUCCGUGCCGAUACGAAGACCGUGUAGGACACCGCGCAAGUCAACGCAGCGACUGCAUUCCCACAGCGAACGGGAACGUACAGCAUGGCUUAUGUAGCUAAAAUAGGUCCAUCCAUUUUAAACAGCGACCUGGCCUGCCUCGGCCAUGAGUGUGCAAGGAUGUUGGACUGUGGUGCCGACUACCUUCAUCUGGACGUAAUGGACGGCCUCUUUGUGCCAAACAUCACGUUUGGUCACCCAGUCGUGGAGUGCUUGAGAAAGAACUUGGGAGCAGAUCCUUUCUUUGACAUGCACAUGAUGGUGUCCAGGCCAGAGCAGUGGGUCCAGCCUAUGGCUGUUGCUGGAGCCAAUCAGUACACCUUCCACCUAGAGGCCACCACCAACCCUGGAAACCUCAUCAAGCAGAUCCGGGAAAGCGGCAUGAAGGUAGGCUUGGCCAUUAAACCGGGGACCUUGGUAGAAGAGCUGGCUCCUUGGGCAGGACAGAUAGACAUGGCUUUGGUCAUGACAGUUGAGCCUGGCUUUGGGGGUCAGAAGUUCAUGGAAGACAUGAUGCCAAAGGUAAGCUGGCUACGCAGCCAGUUUCCCUCUUUGGAUAUUGAAGUAGAUGGAGGUGUGGGCCCAGACACCAUCCACAAGUGUGCAGAGGCUGGGGCGAACAUGAUCGUGUCCGGCAGUGCCGUCAUGAAGAGUGAGGAUCCUCGCUCGGUCAUCGCCCUGCUCCGGAAUGUCUGUGCGGAGGCCAUCCAGAAGCGCUGCCUGGAUCGGUGAUCGGGGGUCUUCCCUCACAUGGACUCUCACCUCUUUGGCCUCUCUGAUCCUUAUGAAGGUGACCUUCUGGGAGCAUGACUGCUGAUAGAUUUUUUUUUUGUCCCGUGUUGGUUUGGUUGGUGCUUGAAACAUUCCUUUGGACCUGUUUAAUAUAGAUUUUUGGGAACAACAAAGUGUGACACAAUGUAAUUAAAAACAUUAAAUAAG